CUGCGAUUAAAUAAUCUGUUGCAAUAUACCUUUUUCAGAGGAAAAACAAUACCUUUUUCUGUUUAUUUUGGCAAAUAAAGGUAAGAUAAUACUGAGAGACAUAGUUGGCUGCUUACAAGCAGAGGAUGUCUGAUAGAUUCCAAUAAGGUCCCAGAUUUUUACUUUCAUGACAGUGUUGUACAACAUAUUAAAGUGGUGCUUGACGAUCCCUGUGAUAGUACUUUCUUACUUAUAGAAUUCAACUGUCAACCUUUGGAUAAAGGGGCAGAUUCUUUAAAGAGCAAAAUCCAUUUUCAUAUGAAAUACAUAAGAGGCUGCUGGAACUCGAAGAACUCAAAGAACGUUUCUUAUUUAUUAGAUCGUGUUGUAAACUAUAUUAUACGCCAAAGCUAUGAUAAAUAUAAGUGAAAAUGGCAGAACGUGAUUUAUUUGAAUCGGGUGAGCACUCCCAGAGGUCCUCAACCCCUCUACUUCAUUUACCAAGGAGGUAUAUUCGUGAUAGGUCGAAUCCGCUGGAGCAUUAUAGGGACCAAGAAUUUCAAAAAUGCUUUCGAUUCACAAAGGAUUGCGUGGUUCACGUUCUCUAUCCUAUGGUCUACUUGCAUUGCUCAAAGAUACAUCCCAUCCUGAGAAGCCGAGACUACAAGACACUGUUGCAGGACAGAAUAAUUCUAGUGUAUGGCACGUUAUUAGAGGAAAAAGAAGAGUCGAUAUAUUCAAUUUUUUUGUCCACACAGUGUUUUGUUUGUAGAGCUUCUAAUUUUGAAAGUAGCAAACAAUAUUGUUAACAU